AUGGCCAUGAAGCCGAUGAGGCAGUUCCGCCCCUUUGAGUUGCUGGCCAAGGAGACCCUGGCCGAAGGUGGCGAGGAAGGCUUUCCAGUGCGGCGUUUCACCUUCCAGCUUCCCGAGGGCUGCUCCCUGGAGUCCUUGGGCUUCGACAUGGGCCUGGGAGACUGCGUGCAGGUGAGUGCGGCUGGAUCGGUGCGGUCGUACUCACCCGUCUCGCCGGGCCAGCGUGCCGGGAGCUUCGACCUGGCGGUGAAGAUCUACCCCGGAGGCCAAUGCUCCGGGCACCUGGACAGUUUGGCUGUGGGCGACCAGGCCAUGAUCUCGGGCCCUGCGCCGGUUCCCUGGCUCGCCCACGCGUUGAACCAGCAGCAGCACGUGGGCCUCAUCGCCUUCGGCGUGGGGAUCACGGAGGCGCUGCCGGUGGCUAGGUCCCAGCUUGCCAAGCCCGUUGACGUCGUGGAGCGGGUGGUCUUGCUUUGGGGCAACAAGACUUGGAUGGAUGUUUUCUGGCAGGAGGAGCUGCAGGAGCUGGCACAGCAGCAUCCGGGCCGAUUCCAGGUGGUCUUUGCCCUUUCAAGAGAAGACCAUGAAGGUUGCGUGCGAUCCCGCAUCGACCCGCCCCUGCUGCAAUCAACCUUCGGCGACUUUGCGCCCACCGCGGGCUUCCUUGUGGUGGGCACCAAGCAGAUCCUUGGGGCUUAA